CCCUCAUCGAACAGUGUUGCGCCUUCAUCAUCGCUCACUAUCGCACAGCGCGUUCCCCUUGUCCCUCUUUGAUCUGGACGCUGUGAUCACUUGAGACAGAUGAGAAUCGCCUGGAGAGCCCCGUCACAAAUCCUCUCGAGACCAUCCAGCCUCCGUCCUCCACGACGACCACCCUCAUUCUUCCUCUUCCAAGGCCGCCUGGCGCUUGCCACCAUGGCAUCGGCCCAGCCCGCUCCGACCGCGCCCGCCCAGGUCAACGGCAACGGUAACGGAGGGGGUGCAGUAGUAGACACCACCAACAAGCCUCCUCACAAGCGCGCGAACCCCGGCAACAACGGCGGCGGCCAUGGCAAGGCCAGGGAGUGGAAGCACAAGAAGACGAAGCGGGAGAAGAACAUCACCGAGGGCUCGUCCGAGGACGUCUUGCGCAACGACAUCCGAGCACUGUUGGAAUCCCGGAAAGCUGCAGAGCCCGCGUCCAAUGAUGACGAUGGCAGCAACGGAGACGCCACCGAUGAGCUUCUCCCCGAAGAAGGCUCCGAGACGGACGUCGAAGUGCUGGAGCUCUCCUCCACCGGCGACGGCCUCGCCAUGCGCCCCGGCGGCUCCCGUCAAGUCUACGUCGUCCCCUUCUCCAUCCCCGGAGACACCGUCCGCGUCAAGGUCUUCCGCCACGUCCUCCGCGAGAACCAGACCGUCGCCGACUUCGUCUCCGUCGUCAAGCCCUCCCCGCUGCGCGACGACGCCCGCGUCCAGUGCAAGUACUUUGCCUCGUGCGGCGGCUGCCAGUUCCAGAUGCUCGACUACCCGGAGCAGCUCCGCCUCAAGCGCCGCAUAUUGGAGAAGGCCUACCGCAACUUCUCCAACCUCCCCGCCGAGCUCCUGCCCGCCAUCCAGGACACCAUAGGCAGCCCCCUGCAGUACGGCUACCGCACCAAGCUGACGCCGCACUUUGACGGCCCGCCCGGCUACCGCCCCAGCAAGCGCUCCAAGAACCCCGGGAUCCCCUUCGAGUCCUGUCCGGACGUCGGCUUCAUGCAAAAGGGCAAGCGCAAGGUCCUUGACAUCGAGGACUGUCCCAUCGGCACCGACGCCGUGCGUCAGGGCAUGACGCGUGAGCGCGAACGCAUGCAGCGCGAGUUCAAAAAGUACGAGCGUGGCGCAACUAUUCUGCUUCGCGAGAACACCCGCCGGUAUCCCAGCGGUGGCGACGAGGUCGCACCCGCGGACGGCCAGCUUCCUCCGUACGCCGUCCGUACCGAAGGCGACGGCUUCGUCGACGUAAAGUCGUGCGAGACAGACUCCAAGGCCACCACAACAGAGUACAUUGGCGACCACAUCUUCACCAACCCCGCCGGAUCCUUUUUCCAGAACAACAACUCCAUCCUUCCCAAGUUCACCUCGUACAUCAAGGAGCGCAUCCUACCACCGGCUUCAUCAUCAUCAUCAUCAUCAUCGCCCUCCUCCACUCCCUCCUCACCCAUCAAAUACCUCAUAGAUGCGUAUUCCGGGUCCGGGCUCUUCACCAUCACCCUCGCCUCCGUCUUUCAGCACUCGACCGGCAUCGACAUCGCCGCCGACUCCAUCGCCUCAGCCCGCAAGAACGCUUCCCUAAACGGCCUCGGCGAGGACCGGUGCAAGUUCAUCGCCGCCGACGCCGGCCAGCUCUUCAAAAACGUCUCCUACCCGCGCGACGAGACUGUCGUCGUCCUGGACCCCCCGCGCAAGGGUUGCGACGCCGACUUCCUCGCCCAGCUGCGCAGGUUCGGCCCCAAGCGCAUCCUCUACGUCAGCUGCAACGUCCAUACUCAGGCCAGGGACGUGGGCGUUCUCGUCCGCGGCGAGGGCGAUGGUGCGAGAUACGAUGUAGAAAGCCUCGUUGGCUUCGACUUCUUCCCCCAGACGGGCCAUGUCGAGGGUGUUGCCAUCUUGAACAGACACGAUGGUGACAAAGAGCCAGCCCAAGAGCCCGUGGGACAAAUGGAUUCAUGAUUCAUGUAGUACACACCGCAUCAGGAUAUCAGCGCCAGUUAAAUACAGAUACCCAGC